AUGGAAGAUGGAUGGACGGAAGUACGGCGGAGGAAAACGACGACAACCACAAGAAACACGGCGGAAGAGACCACUUUCUUCGUCACCAACAUUCCAAAUGGAGCAACAAAGUCUGAAUUCAGGAAAAUCUUCUCACGAUGGGGUAGAUUAUCGGACAUCUACUUCGGCGGGCACAAAGGAAAGAAUGGGAAAAACUAUGGCUUCAUAAGAUUUCUUGGAGUUCCUGAUGCAAAAGAUUUGGAGUCCAAGUUAAACGGAGUGGCUUGCAGAAACAACAAGUUUGAGAUCAACAUCGCUAGACACAGCCGGAAAACAUAUCCGCCACCCACUGGGAAAACCAGCGAGAGAAUAAGAACUGUAGCUCCAUCCAUGAUUAAGAAUAAAUCCAUCGGUGGAGGGCAUACUGAUUAUCGAACUUACGCCCAGUUACAGGUAACCAAAACUCAUGGAAAGCUAAUCAGAUUCACUCAGAUCAUCAUCAAUCACCCUCACCUGUCAGACUAA